UACAGCUGUUUGUUAUCUUUUGUUUUGAGUGUGAACAUAAAUAAAAAAACACUGAACAUUACAAAAAAAUUAAAUUAAAACGAUUGAAAAUGGAUGCUACAGGAAUUUUAACACAAAAUGUGGAUAAAACACAGCUACCACCACUGCAUCAGAAACGUGUAUUGGCAUUUGUAAAUCAUUUUCUUAUAAGCUCUUGUGGUUUCCUCAAUGAUUUUGCUGUGCAAUGUGAAACCAAAUUCAUCGAAUUGGAACGCAAAUUACAAAAAGUAGAGGCGGCCUUAACAAUUAUAGAAGCUAAGUUGGCUUCUAUACCAGAUGUUGAAAAGGAAACUGAACCCACCACAUUCGCUAAAGAAGAAAAUAACAAAGAAACCUCAGUUGAAACUAUUGUUGAAACCGAGCCUACUCCAGAGCAACAACAACAAGUUGAUAGUAUUAAGGGCAUUAAAGUCUCAGAACAUGAAGCCUAUAAGAAAUUCUUUAAAAUGUUGCAAGUUGGUGUGCCCGCACAGGCCAUUAAAAUAAAAAUGCAGGUUGAAGGUUUAGACUGUAGUAUGCUGGAUAAUCCUAAUGCCAUCAUUCCUUUUGAAAAUGAUCUAAGUGAAGAAAGUUGAUAUUUAACAAUUGACUGCCGUUUAGCUGUGAUUAUCAUAAAUCCUUUACAUCCAAUAAGUUGUAAAGUAUUUAAUGCAAUAGAUUUUUUAAGUAAAAAUAUAUGGAGAAUAUAAAUAUCGAGUUAUAAAUUAUGUAAAUAAACUAAUAUCGCUUUUUGAAAAUUUU